UCACCCCUUAGCAAGACGAAUCGAUGUUCUCUGCUCCUCCAUUGGCCAGACCUUAGGAAAUUCCUUUGAGGUUUUAGUCUGAGAGCUCGUAGCUGGCUGUUUCCUGGCUCGUGGACCGGUAGCCCACCCGGAAGGGGAAAAAAGAUCACCAUUGAAGAAUGGAUGCGGUCCUGGUUGGGAAAAGCAAAAAGAGGAAGCAGCUACAAAAUGAGCUUGUUAGAGGGUCUGGGGAAGGUACAGCCAGUGGGGAUCCAGAUGAUGAAGAGAGUCAGCCUCAGUGGAAGAAAGCCCGCUUAUCCACCAAAUUGUUUGUUAAAAACUGUGAAAUAAGCCAUGACCAGCUACGUGAACUGCUGAAGUCUGUGGCGUUGGGGAAACAGCAUGAAUCUACUGAACAAGGGGUUCCUAACCUGGGCUGGUGCCAUCUUUCUCACCCAAAGCAUCUGAACGGCGUGGUGGUUAUUGUUCUUCAGGGAGUGAGUCAGCUGCACUUCUACAAGUUCUAUUUGCAGUUCAAACACCUCCGAAAGGCAUUCAGAUAUAGAUUCCGUCUGCCAGCUCCAUCAGCCAAUUUUCUAGCAGAUGUUAUUGGGCAACAGCCUAAUGGAAAUAAAGAAGAAGAAAGAAUCCUGCCUACGCCCAGUACCGUGAAAGUGUCAUCAUCUUCACUUGCCAAUCCACAAGCCAUCAAAGAUCUGCAAAAUGAUCCAAUCAUUCGGAAAUAUGGAUAUGAAAAAGUAGGUUUGGUCAAAUGCCUAUUGACCAAAGAAGAGAUGAAAAAAUUUGACUUUCCACUCCAAGGUUUGACUAACUGUAAAAACUACAUUUCUACUGAAUGUGCUGGUCCAGUAAGCGAUAGCAGCCCCCUUUUUGGCCUGGACUGUGAAAUGUGCCUUACACCGAAUGGGAAUGAGCUCACACGAGUCUCGUUGGUUGACGCAGAAGGUCGUUGUGUCAUGGACGAGCUUGUAAAACCUGACAACAGGAUUCUGAACUACCUCACCAGGUUCUCAGGCAUCACACGGAAGAUUCUUAAACCUGUGACCACCAAACUCAGAGAUGUCCAGGCCAGGUUAAAGAAGCUGCUCCCACCAGAUGCAGUGUUAGUGGGCCAUUCCUUAAAUUCAGACCUUCAGGCCUUACAAAUGAUACAUCCCAAUGUUAUUGACACUUCGUUGCUUUUUGUCAGAGAUUUGGGACGACGGUUUAAGCUCAAGUUCUUAGCCAAAGCUGUUUUAGGGAGAGAAAUACAGUGCCCUGACAGGGUUGGCCAUGAUUCCACAGAAGAUGCUGUUGCAACCCUUGAACUGGCUCAGUAUUUUAUUAAACAUGGCCCAAGGAAGAUUGCAGAGAUGAAGCUGGAUACAGCAGUUAACUCCCAACAAUUGUUGGCAAAUCCAAAACAGAGAAACACAUUGCCUUUGUGCCCCCGUGGACCUCAUAAGGAAGCAAGACCCUCAAAAGAUGCAACAUGGCAGAAGAAUGCAGGUGUUUUAGAGUGUUUGGAUGUAGCUGGUCGGAAACUCCUCUUCCUGUCCCAGAAGGCAGGUGGCAGCACCUUUAUGUCUUCCAGAUUCUGCCAAAGUAUUCUGUGUACUUCUGAUGAAGAGGUUCUAGAACAGGCCCAAGCAGAGGUCCCCCUGUCAUCCUUCAGCAUCAUCCAGUUCUCACAGUGGCCACAUCCCCUUCCACCCAGCCUCACUGUCGAGAUGCAUAAAAAGUUGAAAGUCAAAUGGGCAGAGAUGUCAACUGUCUAUGCAGGGCCAUUUGGGGAGAACUUCUGCCUCAAGCCCCUGAAGAAGUUGUUUGCAAGCUUUGGCCCCAUCUGUUCAUUCGAAGUCAUUCUUGAAACUGAUGAGCCCUAUCUUUGCAUCCAGUACGGAGUACUAGAAGCUGCCCAGCUGGCCAUAGAGACUUUGAGUGGUGCUUGUGUCCAAGGUGCCCGGAUCAAGGUGCUGAGGCCAGUGCAGGAGCUCACUCUGGACUGCGACACCUUGGUGAGCGCCCUGGAGACAGACCCAGAGAAUGAAGGUACCAUUUAUGUGAAUGGCAUGAAGGAGAGCUAUACUGAAGAGGACAUGUACCAGAAGUUCAGUCUCUUGCCCUGUCUGGAAGCUGUCUUCUUGCCUGUGGAUCCUCAAAGCAAAAAGCACAAGAAGUAUUGCUUCUUGAAAUUUAGAAGCUCUGAAGGUGCCCAGAAUGCCCUGAAAAUUCUGCAGGGCCCAACUGGCCUCAGCUGGAAGCUGGUGUGCAGGAGAGCCCUGACCCCCAGCCACCUCCACGAGUGGAUCUGUCACUCCUGCCCUGACCCAGGAAGCCCACAAGGACCUGACAUUGCCCCACUAGCCUCAAAGGAAAACUCUCCUUCGUCGCCACAGGGAGAAGAACUGAAGAUAGCCAUGAGUCGGUUAGAUGAGAGGGUCAAGAAGCUCCAUGGGCGACUGCCGCCCAGCACUCUCUGCAUCGUCCUCCUACCAGGAACAGAGAGUGUUCAUGGAUCAUCACCUGGCCUGGGGCUAAUAUCAAUAAAUGAUGAUGAUAUGAAAAGUGCCACCCCAGAGGUGCCUUAAUGGGUCAUCAGCCAGAACUUUCUUGCUACCAUGUUCCAUUCCAUAGCGCCACCUCAGCAACAUUGGAAAAGAAGAAAAGCACAUCUAUCAGCAUUCAACUGCAAGUUGCGUGCACAUGGGUAGCACAGGCAGAAAGCAGGCAAAUACUUUUAAUAUCAGUUAUUUCUCAGUUUGUGAGAGAAAUGUAUUUGGGGGGAGGCGGUUGGCUAUAAGGCAGGAUUCUGUAUAGCAGAUCCUGUUAUGAAAUUGGAUAUAUAUAUCCCAAGGGGAAAAAAAUCCAAAAGACUUGAUACAUAAACCUUUUGAAGAAGAAGGCAUUAAAUGGUGGCCUGGUCCAAGGUAUCCAUGGCAUAUGGUGCUCUGUGAAUGCUCUUGCAAUUCUCUCCUAACUCGGCCCAACCUCAGCCCCAUCUGGUGAUAAAAAUCUCCAGACACGGGGGAAAUCCUAAGAUCCCUUCUUUUGUCUGACUAUUUACAGUCUCCAGUAGAACUUGGGCUUCAUUAUUCCACUUCACUAGCAGGUAUCUCCAUCUAACAUAGAUGUUUUUAUAAAACUGGGGAUUCACAGACCUCAAAGGGAUCUGUGAACUUGGAUGGAAAAAAAAUACAUUUUUAUUUUCACUAA